GUCCGGGUCCGGCAUCUGGAAAUGGAAUGGUACUCCAAUAUAUAUUCGGCUCGCCCCUCACCAACCGGUGGAGGACGACGACCGGUCCCAUUCCCCCCGCCCCAACUUGUCAGGACUCAAGAGGCUCCCCUCCUCCCUCGCCGCGGAACACGCGCGCCGUCGUCGCCAGCCCGGGUUCAUUUCUCCGUUCCUUGGUAAGCAAGUCUAGGCCUAAUGUUCGUUUUAUUCGCUGGGAUUGGGAUCUCUUCCCCAUCGCGAGCCCUCGAAUCCAGCCUCAUCUUCGUCUCCGAUCUGCCCCCCGCUCAGCCGCGGAUUCUUUCGCUGCGUGGUGGGACGGAGCCGAGUAGUGCGGUGGUAGCCGAGCGCUCCGGCCAUGGCGUUCUAUCGGGGCCUCACCGCAGUCUCGAGACUGCGAUCACGCAUGGCGCAGGAGGCCACCACGCUGGGGGGUGUGAGGUGGCUGCAGAUGCAGAGCGCGUCCGAUCUCGAUCUUAAGUCCCAGUUGCAGGAAUUGAUUCCGGAACAACAGGAUCGCUUAAAGAAGCUCAAGUCAGAGCAUGGAAAGACCCAGCUUGGAAACAUAACUGUGGAUAUGGUCCUUGGUGGAAUGAGAGGGAUGACUGGAAUGCUUUGGGAAACAUCCCUACUUGAUCCAGAGGAGGGUAUUCGUUUUAGGGGCCUCUCAAUUCCAGAAUGCCAAAAAGUGCUGCCAACAGCAGUUAAGGGCGGUGAACCUUUGCCUGAGGGUCUCCUUUGGCUUCUUUUGACGGGGAAGGUCCCAACCAAAGAGCAAGUUGAUGCACUAUCAAAGGAAUUGCUUGCGCGCUCAACUGUUCCAGCUCAUGUCUAUAAGACAAUAGAUGCUCUCCCAGUAGAUGCACAUCCUAUGACACAGUUUACCACAGGAGUAAUGGCUCUUCAGGUUGAGAGUGAAUUUCAAAAGGCUUAUGACAAUGGAUUGCCAAAGUCAAAGUUUUGGGAGCCUACUUAUGAAGACUGCUUAAAUUUGAUUGCUCGGCUUCCACCAGUGGCUUCUUAUGUUUACCGGAGAAUUUUCAAGAGUGGGAAAUCAAUAGAAGCCGAUAAUUCUUUGGACUAUGCGGCAAAUUUCUCACACAUGCUUGGUUUUGACGACCCAAAAAUGCUGGAGCUGAUGCGGCUCUAUGUAACAAUUCACACUGAUCAUGAAGGCGGGAAUGUCAGUGCUCAUACUGGUCAUCUGGUUGGGAGUGCUCUGUCAGAUCCUUAUCUUUCUUUCGCAGCGGCUCUAAAUGGGCUAGCUGGGCCACUGCAUGGCCUUGCAAAUCAGGAAGUGCUUUUAUGGAUCAAAUCUGUAAUUGAGGAAACUGGGAGUGGUGUUACCACAGAUCAACUCAAAGACUAUGUCUGGAAGACACUAAAGAGUGGAAAGGUUGUUCCUGGGUUUGGUCAUGGAGUUCUGCGUAAGACCGACCCACGGUAUUCAUGUCAAAGGGAGUUUGCCCUGAAGCAUUUGCCCAAGGAUCCACUUUUCCAAUUGGUGUCCAAGUUGUAUGAAGUUGUACCUCCUAUCCUCACUGAGCUGGGCAAGGUCAAGAACCCAUGGCCAAAUGUUGAUGCUCACAGUGGAGUUUUGCUGAACCACUUUGGACUAUCUGAAGCACGGUAUUACACUGUCUUGUUCGGUGUUUCAAGAAGCAUGGGGAUAGGAUCUCAGCUCAUCUGGGACCGUGCCCUUGGCCUGCCACUUGAGAGGCCGAAGAGUGUUACCAUGGAGUGGCUGGAGAACUACUGCAAGAACAAGGCUGCUUGAAGCUUUUCACAAAUGCUGCUUUUUCCCAACCUUGGCUGUUAAUAAUUUAAACGCGAGUUAUAGAAAUAGUCAUUUUCCCUUUGGCCGUUGAAUAACGCAAGAGCAAUAUGCUCAGGCGGAAGAAUUUUGUAUCUUCCGUAACUUGGUGAACAUCCAGAUACUUGAUCUGCGGCAACAAUGGGCAGAAGAGAUUAGGACAUGCUGAUUGAUCUUUAUACGCCAACACUUGUUUUUCUUUAACAUUACUUGUUCGCUGCAGCUUUAAGCCAGCUGUUUGUAACUGCAAUUUAUAGCAAUUUAUAGAGAUUUGGGCUAUGACAUGUAUCAUCAUGUAUGCCAGUUAUCUCGUGUUGCGGCA